CGGAUUUCCUUUCCCUGGAAGUAUGUUAUCGUCUCCGCAUCCUCACCUCUCUGUUCAUCUCUCCCACCUCCGCCACCCCGCUUCCGCCGCCGUUCUCCACGUCUCUACCACCGCCAGCCGCCGCCACCUGGCCAUCACGUCUUCCCAUUCUCACAAUGACCGCGAAACCCUUAAAAACCCAGAAAACACAACCACCGCCACUGCCCCUGACUCUGACUCACGCAUCCAGAACCGGAUCUUCCGAAAACACAAUGACAAAUCGACGGUGGCCCUCCUCCGCCACCUCUCCGAAAACCAACCGCCGAACCCCGACGUUCCCGAAGAAGGCUGUUCCAUGUCGGAAGAGGAGAAAGUUCAGCUUCUCGAGAUGUCGCUUGUGCGGAAGAGAACUCCCCAAUUUCCGGGCUCUAUCUUCGUACAGUCCCCAAGUGACGUCGACGUGAACUCUUCCUUGCCGCCGCUCCGGAGACUGGUCGGCGGCGGCGACGAUGAAGUGAUGCUGCUGAAGGCGCUGGAGAUUCGACGAAGCGUGACGGUGGAGAUUUUCAAGGAGGCGAUGAGGAGGGGCAAGUUUGGGAUCACUUACUACACCAAUUUGGCUUCUAGGUUGCCUGAAUUUAUCGAUUUCGUCAUGAUUAAGGCUGCGUCCAUGAAGCAAUUGCCGGAAUUUUCAAAAUCGUCUUUCAAUGUUCGUGCUAAGGCCGUCAUAGAUGACUCUAAUGUUGUCUCACUUAUCAGGUGGUUGAAACACAACUCAUUGUCAUAUCCUCAAAUUGGGAAGCUCAUAUGCAUGUCAAGAGGAAAUCUUGAUUCCAUCAGGCAUGUUGCAGAGUGGCUGAAAUCAGUUCGUGUGAACGGGAGAUUUAUUGGAGUUGCACUGAUGAAGUCAGGAGAAGAUAUUUUGGAUCGAAAUACAGAAGAAUUGGAUCAGAUUGUUGGUUAUUUAGAAAAGAAUGGGGUGAGGAGGGACUGGAUGGGCUAUGUCAUAAGCCGAUGUCCACAAUUGUUGUCUUAUAGUAUGGAAGAAGUGAAAAAUCGAGUGCAAUUCUAUUUGGACAUGGGUAUGAAUGAUAAAGAUUUUGGGACCAUGGUUUUUGAUUAUCCUAAAGUGCUAGGCUACCUCUCUAUGGAAGAGAUGAAGCAAAAGGUUGGAUAUCUCAUGGAAUUUGGCCUCACCAAUCAAGAUGUUGGAAGGCUACUAGCAUUCAAGCCACAAUUGAUGGGUUGCAGCAUUGAGGAAAGAUGGAAGCCCCUUGUCAAGUAUCUAUACUACCUAGGGAUUUCUAAAGAUGGUAUGAGGAGAAUACUUACCAUCAAACCGAUGGUUUUCUGUGUUGAUUUGGAUAGCACCAUUGUCCCAAAGGUACAAUUUUUACGCGACAUAGGAGUUCGAGAUGAUGCCAUUGGCAACAUGCUUGUCAAGUUUCCUCCACUUUUGACAUACAGCCUGUACAAGAAAAUCCGUCCAGUGGUCAUCUUCUUGUUGACAAAAGCUGGAGUCACUCGGAAGGAUAUUGGAAAGGUGAUAGCUUUGGGGCCAGAACUCUUAGGUUGCAGCAUUGCACAUAAGCUGGAUUGUAAUGUCAAGUAUUUCCUGUCCCUUGGCGUUCCUCUCCGCACAUUGGGCAAGAUGAUUGCUGAUUUUCCCAUGCUACUACGAUACAACGUGGACGUUCUUCGCCCAAAGUACCAGUAUCUGCGCAGGGUUAUGGUACGCCCUUUGCAGGAUCUCAUUGAGUUUCCAAGGUUCUUCAGCUAUUCGCUAGAGGAGCGAAUAAUUCCCAGGCACAAGAUUCUGGUGGAUAAUCGGAUAAACUUUAAGCUGCGGUACAUGCUGCCAGGCACUGACGAACAAUUCAAUGAGAGGGUUCGAGCUGCAGUAGAAAGGCGCCAAAGAUUUGAAUCCGGCGUUGUAGAUGCUGAUCCAUUAGAUUCUGAAGACAAUGACUCCAUGGAAGAGAGGACUUCACUAGAUUUUUUGACGAGUGACUAUUCUUCCUCUGGUAUUCAGACAGGAAUAGCUGAGCCUUCAAUGGAACAGAUGAUGUCAAGCACAUCAGAGGAGAGUUCUGAACCAUUGUAGAGUUUACCUUUAAGAAAUAAGGUUGUAUGAUCUCUUGGUUUCUGUUCAUAAUAGUGAACGUGCAUCGCGUUUGUGCUGCUUUCCAGCCUUUCUUUUCUUAGUUCAUAUAUGAAAUGCGCUGGCUAAAAGGAUAGAUUAUGCCAAGGCACAUACCAUAAGAAGCUUUGGAAAGUAAAUGAGCCUCUUGAAAAGGCGAACGUACACCUAUUUCUGUAAUUUUUUUGUACUUGGCGUGCAUAAUUUGUGAAUUAUUACGUGUCUAAAAGGGUAAUGUCUCUGAAUUCUCAUCAAUGGCAAAAAAAAAAAA